GAAGAGUUGGCUGCGCGGCCGCCGCUGCCAACAAACCAUGUCGCUGCCUCCGGAGAAAGCCUCGGAACUGAAGCAGCUCAUCCACCAGCAGCUGAACAAGAUGGAUGUGCAUGGAAGAAUAAGAGAAAUCCUUGCUGAGACAAUACGAGAAGAAUUGGCACCUAAUCAACAACAUUUAUCGACGGAAGAUUUAAUCAAGGCCCUUAGAAGGCGAGGAAUCAUUGAUGAUGUGAUGAAGGAACUUAAUUUUGUUACUGAGACUGCUGAUCAAGAAAUCCCUUCUUCUCCAAAACAACCUGUAUGUUUUCCUGAUGGACAAUCAACACUAUUGAAAAAAACUAAUAUUGAUCCAACUCGGAGGUAUCUUUACCUUCAGGUUUUGGGUGGAAAAGCUUUCUUGGAACAUCUGCAAGAACCUGAGCCUUUACCAGGACAAAUUUGUUCGACCUUUACUUUAUGUUUACAUUUUCGAAACCAACGUUUUCGUUCUAAACCUGUUCCAUGCGCCUGUGAACCAGAUUUUCAUGAUGGCUUUUUACUUGAAGUACACAGAGAAAGCUUAGGUGAUGGAACUAGAAUGGCUGAUUCAACAACAAUGUUAUCAAUAAGUGAUCCAAUUCACAUGGUGCUAAUCAAAACAGAUAUAUUUGGUGAGACCACUUUAGUGGCAUCCUAUUUUCUUGAAUGGCGAUCAGUUUUGGGCUCAGAGAAUGGAAUGACCAAUCUGACCGUGGAACUUAUGGGUGUAGGUACAGAAUCAAAAGUUUCUGUGGGAAUUUUAAGUAUAAAACUUGAGAUGUACCCAACACUCAAUCAGACAUUAUCUCAAGAAGUAGUGAAUACACAGCUUGCUUUGGAACGCCAGAAAACUGCAGAGAAAGAACGAUUAUUUCUUGUAUAUGCUAAGCAGUGGUGGAGAGAAUAUUUGCAAAUUCGACCCUCACACAACUCACGGCUGGUUAAGAUUUUUGCACAGGAUGAAAAUGGAAUUAAUAGACCAGUCUGUUCCUAUAUUAAACCACUUCGUGCUGGCCGUCUACUGGAUACUCCAAGGCAGGCAGCAAGAUUUGUUAAUGUGCUCGGUUAUGAAAGAGCCCCUGUGAUUGGAGGAGGAGGUAAACAGGAGCAGUGGUGCACUCUGCUGGCCUUUCUCUGUAGAAACAAGGGUGACUGUGAAGAUCAUGCUAAUCUCUUGUGUAGCCUUCUUCUUGGCUAUGGACUAGAAGCCUUUGUCUGCGUUGGGACUAAAGCAAAAGGAGUACCUCAUGCCUGGGUUAUGACUUGUGGAACUGAUGGAACCAUCACUUUUUGGGAGAGUUUGACAGGACAUAGGUAUAUCCACAAAUGUAUUAAUCCUGAUGAACCUCCAGUUCCUGACCAGCCCAAACCAUUGUACCCAUAUCGAACAAUUGGUUGUGUCUUCAAUCAUCAGAUGUUCCUGGGAAAUUGUCAGCCCUCUGAUUCAGUAGACGUCUGUGUAUUUGAUUUGAACGAUGAAUCCAAAUGGAAACCCAUGAGUGAAGAAGCAAUUAAGUCAGUGUGUGCUCCAGGAGCUACAACAGCCCUUCCUCCCUUUCCUCCUCUCUGUGCAUCCACAAUUGAUGCUUCAGUGACAAGUAAUGAAAUCGAAAUGCAGCUAAGGCUACUAGUGUCAGAACAUAGGAAGGAUCUUGGCCUCACUACUGUUUGGGAAGACCAGCUUUCUUAUCUUUUGUCACCAGCCUUGGCUUCUUAUGAAUUUGAGCGAACAACAAGUAUAUCUGCAGGCAACGAAGAAUUUCAAGAUGCCAUAAGGAGGGCUGUACCUGAUGGUCACACAUUUAAAGGAUUCCCGAUACAUUUUGUGUAUAGAAAUGCAAGGCGUGCAUUUGCCACAUGUCUUCGGUCUCCUUUUUGUGAAGAAAUAAUCUGUUGCCGCGGAGACCAAGUACGUCUGGCUGUUCGUGUCAGAGUGUUUACUUACCCUGAAUCUGCAUGUGCUGUUUGGAUCAUGUUUGCUUGUAAAUAUCGCUCCGUAUUAUAGAACUAGUAUUUCUAUUAGAAAUAACCUGUUUGUUAGAAUUUUACAUUUGUACAUUGCUAACUGUUAGAGUUAUUUUCAAAACAAUCUAAAUUGGAUGUCAUAUCAAUUUUGUAUAUACCUGAUAAUGUUUAAAAAUAUAAUGUAUUUAAAUUAAGGAUGAAAAACUUGUAUAAAUCUGAGUGUCAUUUAGUAUAAAUUAAGUGUAUAUUAUAUUUUAAUAAAUGCUAUUUUGUUUACAGAUAUUCAGUAGUU